AUAAUGCCAGACUCUGUUCAUAAUGGCUUCCAGUCUCUUCUUUAGAGCGUCGAACCUUGUUUCAUCGGCAAGAAUACGACGCCGUAUCCCACUACUCGGUGCGUUUUGCGUCCUGGGUUUGGGGUUUCCCAGUCUCUGCUCAAUACUCCCUUCUUCCUCUUACCUCAAGACGAGUUGUCCUCAGUCUCCCCAUUUUGUUCAUAUAGAAAGGUCGAAAUUUAGUACCCAAUCAGCAGAUAAGACCGUUCAGGCUGUGAAAAUGGAGGGGAAUAGCAACAUUGUUCCAAGCAUCGUCGUCUAUGUUACUGUUCCUAACAGAGAAGCAGGUAGGAAGUUGGCUGGAAGCAUCGUGAAAGAGAAACUUGCAGCUUGUGUAAAUAUAGUACCAGGUCUGGAGUCGGUGUACCUAUGGGAGGGAAAGAUAAACUCAGAUCCUGAGGAGAUGCUCAUAAUCAAGACAAGGCAAUCCCUCUUGGAAGCUCUAACAGAGCAUGUGAAGGCAAAUCACGAAUAUGAUGUGCCCGAAGUUAUUGCCUUGCCAAUCACUGGGGCCAGCCCCCAGUAUCUAGAAUGGCUUAAAAACAGUACAAGGGACUGAACUUCUCGGAUGUAGUAUAUGAGCUGGCAUGAAUGUCUGAAAACAUGUAAGUGCUCAGUUAUGGUUGUGUUAUGAAUGGCUUCAUCUGACUCGAAUAAAGGAAGCAUGUCAUGUUCGUAAUCGGAAAGAUUAAAAUCUAUUUUCGUAGGAAAAAAGAUGUGUUGGAGUUGGUGUGUUUUUAAGACAAGGAAUUUGCUCUGAUAAAUGCAGCCUAUUAUUUGUUCUCCAA